AUUUUAGAAAUACGUGUUAAAAAAAUCAAUAGAAAAACCAAAAUAUCUAUCAAUGUCUCAUUCGAAAGCCCUCAUAAAUAUGCGUGCCUCAUUCGCCACAUCAAACGGCAUUGUUUUUCUUGACUCUCUCUCUCUCUCUCUCUCUCUCUCUCUCUGUGAAAAUGGAAGCAAUAGCGGCUGCAAUAGCUGUAUGGGUUCUUGGUGUUGCUGUAUUGACAUGUGGAUUGGGUUUUAUCCAUUGGGUUUGGCUGAGGCCGAGGAAGCUCGAAAGGCGCCUGAGGCAACAAGGCUUUUCCGGCAAUUCUUACCGAUUUUUGUACGGAGACUCCAAAGAGAGCACCAGCAUGUCCAGAAAAGCAAGAUCCAAACCUAUUAGUCUGUCAGAUGACAUCAGACCGCGUGUCGCCCCCUUCGAGCAUCAUACUGUUAACAAAUACGGAAGAAAUUCGUUCAUGUGGGUGGGCCCAAUACCGAGGGUGUUCAUAAUGAACCCAGAACAUAUAAAGGAGGUACUUAACAAAAUGCCUGACUUCCCAAAGCCCAACUCAAACCCAAUAGGGAAGUUACUAGCCACAGGAGUUGCAAGUUAUGAAGGCGACAAAUGGACCAAACAUCGAAAGCUUCUCAACCCAGCUUUCCAUCAGGAGAAAUUGAAGGGAGAAAUUCGUUCAUGUGGGUGGGCCCAAUACCGAGGGUGUUCAUAAUGAACCCAGAACAUAUAAAGGAAGUACUUAACAAAAUGCCUGACUUCCCAAAGCCCAACUCAAACCCAAUAGGGAAGUUACUAGCCACUGGAGUUGCAAUUUAUGAAGGCGACAAAUGGGCCAAACAUCGAAAGCUUCUCAACCCAGCUUUCCAUCAGGAGAAAUUGAAGGUUAG